GCUCUAGCAUCACUCCCUGACAACAGCAGCGAUGGCGGAGCCCGUAGCAUCAGAUGCGGCGGCCACAUCGGACGCAGCAGCCACGGCAGCAUCACCGACACCGGGCCUCUCUCCCGCAGCCAGCCCGGGCUCGGAGCCUCCAUCCAUGGCUCUCUCUCCCACGGCGGACGGCUCCCAGCGGCUGCUGUUCUCCCACGACCUGGUCUCCGGACGGUAUCGCGGCUCAGUCCGGUUUGGCCUCGUACGGAUGAUCCACGGCGAGGAGGAUUUUAACUCGGACUCGGACCUCGACGACGGCGGAGGGAGAGGCGGCGGAGAAGGAGGCGGCGGCGGAGGAGGAGGCGGAGGAGGCGGAGGACGAGUCCCGUGUGGUUCGGACACUGAGAGUGCCGCGGACACCCCGAGUCGGCCUCUCGGAAGGGGAUUUGUCCGCGUCCAGUGGUACCCUGAAGGAGGAAAGCAGGACAUCAGGGAGACAAAGCUGAAACUUGAAGAUCGAUCCAUCGUCAUUAGAGACAUCGUGCGACGGAACAAUUCUAAUGACAACCAGUGCGGUAUUGUGACUAACAUCGACAUCGAGUGUGCAGUGAAGUUAGUGGGAACAAAUUGCGUACUGUAUCCAGUCAACAGCAAAGACCUGCAGCACAUCUGGUCUUUUAUGUACGGAGACUACAUUGCCUACGACUUCUGGCUGGGGAAAGUGUACGACCUGACCAAUCACAUCAUCCUCAAGCUGUCAAACGGGGCCAGGUGCUCCAUGAGUGUGGAAGACGGUGCCAAGCUUUACGACGUCUGUCCGCAUGUCAGUGAUUCGGGUCUCUUCUUCGAUGAGGCGUACGGCUUUUACCCAGGCCAGGUCCUCAUUGGUCCAGCUAAAGUCUUCUCUAAUGUCCAGUGGCUGUCGGGGGUCAAACCUGUCCUCAGCAGGAAGUGCAAAUUCAGGGUGGUAGUAGAAGAGGUGAAGGUGGUGGAGCUGAAAGUGACGUGGAUCACUAAGAGCUACUCUCCUAAAGGCUCUGACAGCGUCUAUCCACCUCCUUCCACCAUCACGCAAGAAAAUCUCUGCAGGGUGAGGCGCCUGGGCUACUAUGACCACACCCAGAGGCAGCUGGGAGAGAGAGCCCUCUAUGUCUUCCCUGCCAAAGGCGACGCCACACGAAUGACCUGUGAAGGACACGAGGGUGCCCCUGUUCUGCCCGAAGACCCUGUUGUCAGAAAGUUGAAAAGGCUGUUCAAGAAGGAGUCUGGGAAGAAGACGGAGAACGCUGACUUACAAGGCGAGCACAAAUCAGAGCAGACGGACUCGUCUCACCCCAACAACAACGGCCCUGUGGUUCCCAUCCAGAACCCUCCGGACUCCCAGAACACCAACGACUCCUCGGCUGAGCACGGGGAGCAGGACGCCGACGACGAGGCUGCAGAAGACACUGACGAUACCAGCUCUCUGACGUCAUCGGCGAGCUCCACGGCGUCGUCUCAGAGCGGCGGUUUGGGAACGAAUCGCAAGAAGAGCAUCCCGCUGUCCAUCCGCAACCUGAAGAGGAAGCACAAGAAGAAGAGGACCAAGUUCUCGCGCGAGUUCAAGCCUGGAGACCGGGUGGCGGUGGAAGUUGUGUCCACAAAGACCACGGCUGAUGUGAUGUGGAAGGACGGUCGGGUGGAGAAGGGGAUCCGAUCAAAUGACCUCAUCCCCAUUCAGCACCUCGACAGCCACGAGUUCUGCCCCGGGGACUUCGUAGUAGACAAACGACCCCAAGCCCUGCAGGACCCCGGAGUGUACGGCGUGAUCCAAUCUGGCGAUCACAAGGGCAGAACAUGUGUUGUAAAGUGGAUCAAACUGAACUCCACCAGUGACGACGUGGAGGUUAUCGGUGUGGAGGAGGACGUCAGCGUGUACGACAUCGCUGAUCAUCCAGAUUUCCACUUCCGCACGACCGACAUCGUCAUCAGAAUAUGGAACUCGGAGAACGGACAGAACGACUGUGAAAAUGAGACGUCAGUAGGUCAGGUGUUCAGGGUGGAUGUGAGCAGCAAAGUGGAGGUGGUGUGGGCAGACAACUCUGUGACCAUCGUCCUGCCACAGUACCUCUACAACGUGGAGUCUGAGAUCGAGGAGACGGACUACGACUCGGUGGAAGAAACGAGCAGCGUCUUGUCUACGGAGGAGUGGGAGGACGAGAGCGACAGCUGGGAGACGGAUAACGGCCUGACCACUGAGGACGACAGCCACAUCAACAAUGCAGAUAUCACUGACACAGCGACCCCGACCCCCACACCCACCGGGUCCACAGCGUUCAUCAUCCCCCCACAGGAGGCCAGCAAGGCCGGGGUCACCAGCCCCACCAAGGGAGUCCCUGGAGAGGAGGCAGAGGCGUCUGUCGCCGUGGCCAGUCCUGCCUCUGGAGGAGGAACCACUCCAGGAGGAGCAGUCAACGGAGCGGAGAAGCCCAGUAAGGACGGCGCCUCUCGGGGCUUCAGGGAGCUUAAAGAGGCCCUGAAGAUCCUGGAGAGCCUGAAGAACAUGACUGUGGAGCAGCUGUGGACCGGCGGCUCUCCAACCUCCCCGACGUCUGCCGAGCCUGCUUCCACGACUAACGUAGCGAGUUCAGUGACGCCAACGGCCCCCGAAAAGCCGACCAAGGAGAAACGCUUCCUGGACGACAUCAAGAAGCUGCAGGAGAACCUGAGGAAGACGCUGGACAACGUGGCCAUCGUGGAGGAGGAGAAGAUGGAAGCUGUGGUGGAGGCGGUGGGGAGCGGAGGAGCAGGGACAGAGGCAGAGAGAGCUGGAGAGGAAAAGCCCCAGCAGGAGCCACAGACACCAGUAGGUGGGCAAGAAUGGCCCAGUGAGUUUCUCAGUGACACACCAGUACUGUGCCAACAGAGUGGCGGCAAGCCUGGCGUGACCUUUACCAGUGCCAAGGGAGAGGUGUUCUCUGUGCUGGAGUGGGCCCCAGAGACUCACUCAUUCAACAAGAUGGAGUUCCAGCCAGCGGAGGCAAAGAAGUUCUUCAGCACAGUGAGGAAGGAGAUGGCUCUGCUGGCGACGUCGCUGCCUGACGGCAUCAUGGUCAAGACGUUUGAAGACCGCAUGGACCUGUUCUCAGCUCUGAUCAAAGGACCGACUCGGACGCCCUACGAGGACGGUUUGUUCCUGUUCGACAUCCAGCUGCCCAACAUCUACCCAGCUGUGCCGCCUCUGUUCCGCUACCUGUCGCAGUGCAGCGGCCGCCUCAAUCCCAACCUGUACGACAACGGCAAGGUGUGCGUCAGCCUGCUGGGCACCUGGAUCGGAAAGGGUACCGAGAGAUGGACCAGCAAGUCCAGCCUGCUGCAGGUCCUCAUCUCCAUACAAGGCCUUAUCCUCGUCAACGAGCCUUACUACAACGAGGCCGGCUUCGACAGCGACCGAGGCCUGCAGGAGGGAUACGAGAACAGCCGCUGCUACAACGAAAUGGCUCUGAUCAAGAUGGUGCAGUCGAUGACGCAGCUCCUCCAGAAUCCCGUGGAGGUCUUCAAACAGGAGAUCCAGGAGCACUUUGUGUCCAACGGCUGGCGGCUCGUCCACCGUCUGGAGGCGUGGCUGGAGCUGAACGAAGCCUCCGAAAGAGGACACGCAGCGCACUCCAGGGCUUACCACUCCAAGGACCGAUCCUCGUCUGUGGAGCCUCUGGACGAGCAGCUGCCCCUGGGGUUGGGGCCCUUGGCGGUGGCCCACAGCAGCCCCAGUAAGCCUGGGGAGGAGGGGGCCGCGGGGGCAGGAGUCAGCAGUAUUAUGGAGGAGGAGCUGGAGGAUUCAGGGCUGAGUCCCUCCACCACAGCAGCCUCUCAGGAGCUGAGCCAGAACUCAGACUGCGACAGCACCCAGGUCAGCUCCUCUCUGGGCGAGAACAGGAGUGGUUCUACAGCCGCCGGCUCCUUAGUCCGCAGUGGGACGUCAGAAUCUGGUUCUGCCGCGGUCAGUGCAGGAGGCGUGGGCUCUUCAGGAAGCCAGCCAGUGGUGCGACCAAAGAAAAGGAGAAAGAGCUACCGGAGUUUCCUCCCUGAGGGCAGCGGCUACCCGGACAUCGGCUUUCCUCUCUUCCCGCUUUCGAAGGGGUUUGUGAAGAGCGUCCGCGGCGUUCUGCUGCAGUACCGAGCUGCGCUGGCUGCCGCCGGCAUCCCUGAGCACACAGAGGACAAUGUCCCUGCAGACGAGUGUGAUGGAUAACGAGGAGGGUGGACCUCACACAGUCUCGCCCGACUUACACAGACCUGCAGGAGCGUCACUCACAGCAGAAACCCUCAUCUUUUCAUGGACGCAGGCAAAAAAAAGAUGAAGCUUUCUCUGGAGCUGCUCAGAGUUCCUCUCUUGGCUUCAGCGGCGGCGGUGUGGAUGCAAAGAAAAAACAAAAACAGGACUGACUGAAAUGGAAAAUCAGUGCCAUGAACCCUCCUCCACGCCCCCCCCCCUCAUCAUCCGACUAACCUCCAGCAGCCUCCGCCGCGUGGGUGGAGGAUCUGCCGGAUAAACCACUCUGGCGUCUCAAUCAGCCUGAUAAAUGUAAAGCAGACUCGUCGGCGGCUCGGGUCCACUGAAAAACCGCACAGCCCGGCUCCCCCCCUGGCUGUCGGGUCGACCGCGGCUAUCUGUAGCACUACUGAUAUUAUCGCUGUACCAUCCUGCACUACGACGAACGAACGAAAGGACAAUCUGGUCUGGGAGCGACGACGUGAACACGCUGACCAGGAGGACUUUUUUUUAAAUAGAAUUCACUGGUUGUUACGCUUUCUGCCAAAUUCUCUCUGUUCUCACACACACACACACACACACACAUAUUCAAAGUAGAGCAGGCUGAAUGUCAGUAAAACUGCCAACCACAACAGCUUCACCACUUCUUCCACUAGACUUGCUGGUAUUUUCCUUCGCCAAUCACUCGCACUGAACCACGCAGCAAACAUCGAGUGACAAAGUUUACAUACGAAUCACCUCUGGAGGUCCGACUGUUGUAGCUGUUUGGUGUGUCGAGAAGCCAGCCAGGCUCAGGGGGGGGACAGUCAGGUGGCUGUUUUGUGAAGGAGUUCUUAGUCAACGCUUAACACCGCCUCCACAUACAGAAGUCCAUUCACUUUCUGUAGAAUUUAGCAGAGUCGUUCCAUCACCCACGUGGAACUUUUGUGCUUUGGUGUUUUGACGCAUUCGAGGUUGUUUUUACUCACACAGGCUGAACUGUAGGUUGUUUUCAGAGAGCGGAGCUUUACCCACGAUGCUCUGCUCUCCGAGGAUGGAGGUGAGCCCACAUCACUGCACAUGACACAAAUUUAAAGAGUAAAUAGAAAAAACAAAAUGUGUAAAAAAAAAAAAACAUACAGCAUCCAUUCCGUCAUCUCAUGUCAACAUGUUGCCUUACUUGAAUUGUUCUUAAUGAUCUCAGACCAUUGUGUACAGAGCUGCUUGUGUCACGCUUUAGACAUUAACCUACACAGGCCGAGACACGCACUAAAAACCACUGAAAUCCUGCUCCAGUGUUCUCCCCCCCCUUUAUCCCCCUCUUUCAGUUCUUGAACUCAGUAUGAAUCGGCCACCGCAGCCGUCGCUGUAUUCUGAUUUUCUCCUGAUCUCUAAAUUGCACGUGCAGAUUUUAAUAACAUCAGAAUACAAACUGGAAGUGUGACGCUGACAGUUUGCUGAUGCUAUAAUGGAUUUCUCCUGAUCUGAGCGUCUUACCCCAUCAAAAGCAGCCGACGAGAGAAAACACAAACUUCUUUUCUCUCUCCCUACGCUGCAUAUGUUCAAUCUGAAUCCCUAAAAUAAUCAGGGUGUUAUUUACCACCAAACUGUUGCUUUGCCACAGAUUGUGCUGUGAAAACUCACCUUUUGGGUCCAAUCGUGCUUCCUGGGGAAAUCAGCAGUCUUUGUUUACAUCUUUUUAAAUAACUGCAUCCCACCUCUGACAUAAUGUUCCCUUUCCUUUUUUUCCCAGAUAUUGUUGGGAUUCUUACUGUAACUAUGAUGAUUAUAACACAGGUCAGACAAACCCCUCUUGCUUGCUAUAAUCUAAAUAAGAGAGCGCUGGCUGCCUGGUAUUUGACUUGAACAAAUAGCUUGAUGCUGAAGAGUGUUUCCGAAUGAGAGAAAGCACACUGUGCCAUUGUGAACCUACGAGUGACGGGAGAGGAUGCACACCGUGAGCCAAGAGCUGCUGCGUCUGUAACGAAAAAUGAAUGAGGGUACUUUGUUUCGCAUCGUCUUCCAUAUUUUUUCCCCCCCUCCUUAAAACUGUCAUUCCUGUAUCAGAUGUGGCAAUCAGGCACCCCAUGAUGUUCUGUCCUUUGUCAUAAUUUGCUGCCUUUAACGCUACAGAGGAGGACGCGUCGCUGUAGCUAUAGCACGGAGCCUUGUUUGCUUUCCUGUCUGGUCUCGUUUUCCUCACAUGCUGCUGUUUGUUAAACAUCACGGUUCCUGGAUGAGUGCGUUUUCCCUCUUUUUUUUUUUUUUUUUUUUCCCCACCUCAACCCGAGGGCAUAAAAGGCCGUAGUUUCGGUGUUCCUGGGAAAACGCACAUCUCCUCCGAGCGGGGUGACGUUACCGCUUCAUCUUUCACCCUCAACAGAAAAUGUGAAACUAUCUCACCAGAUCUCCAAGUUAAAAAUACGACAGGAUAACAAGCCCAUGAUGCUAUGUACAAUUUUCUGUGUAUGUGUGUAUAUUAUUCAGAUUUAAACCAUUAUUAUUAUGAUUAUUAUUAUGAUUAUUAUUAUGAUUACUGCGAGAAGUUUGUUUUACAGCCAAAGCAUGUAACAUGUUGCUUUAAGCCUUCUGAAUGGGCUACACACAAGACUUGACUGUACGAUGUCUACAUUUCCACAGUGGCCUGUUAUUGAUAUAAUAUUAAAAAGAACUGAUAAAGUUAUAAUUUGUAGCCUGAUUCCCUCUGUACAGACAUCAUGACUAUAUUGAAAUAUAUGAAUACAUACAGUAUAUAUAUAUUUAACACAAACUUGAGUUCUAACGAGUCACGUGGAUGCUUGGGGCACAUAUGUACAAAAUGCUGAGUGUGUAAUUGUACUUUUGAUUUCAUUUUUUAAUGGUUUACUUUUGUUGCUUUAAGACAAACUGUAUAGUGAUGUAUUAAACUUUGCAAGCAGUACCAUAGAAA